UUUCUUUUUCCUACUGACAGUUGAGUUCUCCUUCCUUCCUUCCCCCCUUUCUUACACUAGUCCUCGAACCCCUGCCAGGCUGCCCCGCCCUGCCUUUUCACAGACAAUGAAACUGAGUUGGCUUGUUUGUUAACCUUUCUGUUUUCAGAAUUGUCAAAAAAGACCGGACUUAAAAGAUUUUGUCAAGAAAUGGUUGCCAAGAAAUCCAAGGGGAUGAUCAAGCAUCUCAUCUCUGCAAUUCAAUCUCCACAGGGUCUAAAUCCACCCAGCCUUAAAAGAUUGUAUGCUCUGCUUCACCAUUUGUCUACUCUGAAGACCCCCAUAAGUGGCAGUUUCCCAGACAUGAAGCUUAAGAAAUGUCGGCUCAACUUCGAACUUAAAGACAUCAACUGCCUGUCUGAUAUUUUGUUUAAGCAGCUUGAGGAUAGGUUUCAUGGGUUAUUCUCUGCUUUACAUGAGCAUAAUGUUUCGGCCGCUGAUAAUGGAAAAUGUUUCCUGAUUGAAGAACUGACAUUGCUUCUGAGAUGCUGUUUGGUUAUGCUGGUUUUGAUUGAACAUGACCAGCCUCUUCUCAUACAGAAGGGUUUGGGUAUUCUUUCCAUGCUUAGCAGACUGGUUGCUACAGAGUUAAGUGGUCGAAAUGGAAAGAGUUCUAUUACUUUCAAGAAGUUGACUUCUCGUCAAAGUGUUAGUGAUGAUUGCACCACCUCUAUUACUGAGGAGUUUGUUGCUUCUUUAUGUUUAUGGAAGCCUUCUGAUCCGCGCUAUGCAUUUCUAUGUGCUGUUCUUGAGGUAUUUGCAGAUGAGCUUUUGGUGCGUCAAACAUUGAGACAGAAUUUUGUGAUGAUUGAUUCUGCACCUUCCCGAAGCGAAAGGCUAUUUGUGUGCCCCUCUGGGCAUGGUAAUAUUGGAAGCGUUCUGGAGGUGAUUUGUGCUCAUUUUGUCGUAUCACUUUCUGAUGAGCAAGCUUUUGAAAAUUUCCUCAACAGAUUAUUUUGGUGCCACGGGGAGGAUUUCAGAAUUCCUGAAAUGAGUUUGCCGGCAGCCUUAUCAUUGCUUCUCAAUCCCAUCAUGCUUUCUGCACCCAAAUUGUUUCAGGCAUACUUGAUUUUAAUGGUUUCUGAAGCCAUUGGUAUUUGUAUGCCUCAACCAAAUACGAUGCUGGAUCCUAAACUUAUGGAUUGCUAUACAGAGGCAUUUGAAAGGUCUAUCUUCUUGUAUACUAGGCACAUGUCUAGUUUGCAUGUUGAUGAUUUUUUGGGUGACAAUGGUUCUUUUAUCAGAUCAGGUUUGCAUGGGAGCAGUAGUAAGCUGAAUUUUGAAUCUUUUCUUCAUCCAGCCACAAGAGACAAACUGCAUCAUCUAAUUUCCAAGUCAUAUGAUGCAUGGAAUUCCUAUUUAAGCAGUAUGUCUUCUAGAACAAAUUCUGAACUGGUGGCUGCCUCUAUUGCCUUCAUGAAGGAGAGCCUGUGCAUUGUUGAUGAAUCGUUUAAAGAUGAGAUUCUGUCAAUCUUAAGUUGCAUAAUACUUAGAUAUCCAUCUAACGAUAUUGGUGACACUUUACUGUACAAAAAGGAGGAAACCAGCUCUCAAGACAUUUAUCUUCUCGCUUCCAUCUUGAAAUUAAUGAGUAGCUCAUUGUUGCAAGCUAUAUGGUAUGUAAAGCAUCUUAGGUCUUCAGUUUGCCUGAAAUCACUGGAAGAUGUGUCUUCAUGCAAGGGCUACGAUGUUAUAGUGGAUAUUCUUGGUUGUUUUGAGCACUUCAGUAUCAGUCUACCAAUUCAAAAAUUCUUAUGUGAAACAUUGCAAUCUCACCCUGCAAGGCAUAAGAAGUCCAGGUGGAUGUUUUUUCACUUUUCGGGGUUGCUGUCAUUGAGUUAUGCUAGCGGGCUUGAUUUUUUAGUAAAGGACUGUUUAUUUGCACUUAUGGUAGUGUUGAAUAUGUUUAUUAUUGAAGAGGGGGAUCUCGCUGCAGUGGAUUCAUUAUUUGGUUCCAGCUUGGAAUCCUUUUCAUCUAAAUCCUCUGAUAAAUCUGAAGGGGUCAUGGCAAUCUCAAAAUCUAGCCAAAUAGUUUCAUCGAAAAUUCAAAAGAUUCAGGAGAUGUACUUGAGACUGCUUGUGUCAAGAGAAAUGAUAACAUCACCUAUUUCUCCCCGGCUUUUAUUGUUUAAUUCAGAACACGCUCCACCAUAUGUUCCAACGACAGAAAACAACACAAUCAAGCAGGAACUUCAGAAUAUGGCUCCAUCAUGAAUGAGUUGGAUUCUGUUGCCAGCAUGGAAGAUGCUAAGGAAACCUGCAAUGGUGAGAUCUUCCUGAAGUGCGUGCUAGGGAAGUAUGCAAAAUCCAAAGUUAUAGAUGAUUUAUCAGACUUCAUUGAAUGCGAGCAUGGAAAGAAUUACUCUGGCUGGUUGAGGGAUCGACAAAGAUUUAGAAUAUGGAAGUACAAGAAAACAACAAUUCGAAGGUGGAAGAGAAAAAAAAUGUGUUGGAAUCAUCUAAAAGGGUAGUAAAUCAAGAUGUUAUAAGCUUUUCUUAUCUACUUAUGCGUAAAUGUUAUAGAGCGGACUGUGAUCUGUAAAGGUUGUAAAUUGGUGGCGGAUCUCUUAUUGAAUUUACAGAAAUAGCUGAAUGUAUCCCAGUGACAUGUUUUUGUAUUGUA